AAGCUCCCCCAGUCCUGUUACAGGCCACCGUGUUCCCUACAAGCUAUUCACACAGGUCUGCCACAGUACUGCAACUCUCCCUCCACACACACACACACACACACACACACACACACACACACACACACACACAAUUUUCACAGACGCACACACACAUGUACUGGCUGCUAGCUAUUCUGAGCGGGCUCCCUCAUCCUUCGAAGAGCUGGGAUUCUGGAAGCGAAAUGAACGAGGCAAGUGACGGUUAAGGAUUUAGAGUCACUUCAACUGCUCCUAAGAAUAGUUUUCUGCUGGCAUGGAAAACUCUCCAUUGGAUCAAAUAUGAUGCUAAACUUGACUAAUGGGAGUUGCCACCUCCCCCUGGAGACCGACCGAGAUGGUCUGACCUACAUCUACAGCCUGGCCUUCUCCCUGGGCCUUCCCGCCAACCUGCUCUCCUUGUGGGGACUCUACCAACUGGGCCGCUCCGGCGGGGGUGGCUGCCAGCUGGUCUACAUCCUCAACCUGCUGCUGUCGGACCUGCUCCAGCUGCUGACGCUGCCGCUGUGGAUCAUCUACCUGCAGCGGGGGCACCGCUGGGCGUACGGCUCGGCCGCCUGCCAGCUGGUGGGUUACGUCUUCUACGUCAACGUCUACGCCAGCGUGGUGUUCCUGUGCCUGAUCGCGCUGGACCGCUGCCUGGCCAUCGUCUACCCGCUGAGCAGCCGGAGGUUCCGGAAGGUGCGCGUGGCGGCGCUGUCCGGGGUGGCCGUGUGGACGCUGACGUUCCUGUUCUGCCUGAGCGGGCUGUACCCGUCCGUGUUCGAGCCCGAGCGGGGGCUCUGCCUGGAGCAGUACCCCAUCAGCCCGCGCUACGCCAAGUUCAAGAUCGCCACGGUGGCCCUGGGGUUUCUGCUGCCCUGCUGCAUUCUGGGAGUCACCUCGGCCCGGAUCGGGGUCACCCUGCGCGACUCGCCGUCCGUCUCCACGCAGGAGCGGCGCCGCAUCGUGGGGACGCUCGUGGUCAUCACCGUCAUCUUCAUCGUGGUCUUCGGGCCGUACCACCUGGUGGGGGCCUACCGCUUCCUGGCGCUGCUGGUGACCGCGGACGACCCGUGCCACCUGGAGCGCUCGCUCUACCUGUGCUACCGCAUCUGCUACGGCCUCACCAGCCUCAACACCCUGCUGGACCCGCUCUUCUACAUCUUCCUGUGCCACAACGCCCGCCACGAGCUCCGCCGCUCCUUGCCCUGUCUGAGCAAGGGCGCGAGCCCCAGGAAAGGGGUCCAGUUCAAGCCCAAGGUCAAGAUGAAGGUCGGCAGGGGCGGAGGCGGCGGCGGCGGCGGCAGUGGCGGUGGGCGAACCAGACAGCUGGACCAGAGCGACAGCGUGUAGGGCGACAGAGCAGAACAGACGAGACCAGACGAGACGAGACGAGACGAGACGAGACCAAAAGAGACGGGCUGGGUGCCCUAUGUGCUACACAGAUGCUUAUCUACGAGACACGCAGUGUGCGAGAGAGAGAACUGCAUGUGCGUGUGCAGGAUUUACUACUGACGGCACCCUGGCAGGCCUCCUUUAGCACUAUCAGUGCCUAGCAACUGAUUCUAUCAAGCAGAGUCAUUAUUAAGACGCUGGAACUUCAUUCCUGACAUUGUAUUCUCUGUGUGGGCAGGUGUGGACACGUGUGAGGUGU